UUGGUGUAUUGUUUCAAUCAAUUCCCUUUGACCUGCACUGUCGGAGCUCAGAUUUUAGAAUUUCACUGUACCCUGCAAUUACAUCUGCAACCCCGUGCAUGUGACUAAUAAACUCUAAUCUAAUCAUGGCGGCAUAUAACCUAUCUACAGUAAGCUACAUUUAAACGAAAAGACCAAUCGAGUUUGCAUAGUGAUCUUUGCCUUUCUUUGAUGAUAGAACAAACACUAAAUCAAAGGUCAUCAAUUAAGUCCAGUGAAGCGGAGCAGUUUACAAUCGCUGUGUACAAACUGAUCAGGGCUGCGUUCAGUACGUUUUUACAUUCUGGAACGUUCAAUUGAACGGAAACGGUGCUGUACUGAACGACCAGGGUUGGGGAGCACUGUCAGCAUGACCACUUCCCUUUAAAACACGUGACUCUGCUUCCAGCCACACCUCCCCACAUCUACCAAACGGUAGUCUAUUCAAGUGCGUACAAGAACCUUUUGGGGGAACGUGUCGUUCAGUACAAACCGUUGUUCAACGAAGCAAACGUUUAACCGGACUGAACGCACCUCUACCUCCUUGUCUUUUUUCAUUUUGUUCUCUCUCGUUGUUUAUCUCCGCUCUUUUAGAAGGUUGGAUCGCAGAGGGAGUUGUAGAAGAUCAACAAGGACGACUCAGUAACUAAUCAACAAAACAUCAAUUGUUGAUAGUAGCAACUGUGAAGAAUGUCGACGAAAGAACGGGGCCUGGUUUAUCUCGUCACUGGGGGCUGUGGGUUCCUCGGACAACACCUGUUACAGGUCCUUUUGGAGAAAGAGGAUGCGGUAACGGAAAUUCGACUUUUUGACAAACACAUCGACUCAAAUUUAAAUGGCCACAGCACAGAGCGGGUAAAGGUGGUGGUGACGCAGGGGGACAUCACAGAUUACUCCAGUGUCCUGGAGGUGUCCAAGGGGGCAGACCUGGUCAUCCACACGGCCAGCCUGGUGGAUGUCUGGCACAGAGUCCCUGAGACAGUCAUCCAGGCUGUGAAUGUUCAAGGAACUGUGAAUGUGAUCAAUGCCUGUGUGGAGAAUGGUAUUCAGUAUCUGGUCUACACCAGCAGCAUGGAGGUGGUCGGCCCCAAUGUGAAAGGAGACCCCUUUAUCAGAGGUGAUGAAGACACCAUCUACAAUGUUUAUCAUGAUAUGCCCUACCCCAGGAGCAAGGCCAAGGCAGAGAGACUGGUGCUGGAGGCCAACGGCAACAAGGUGAAUGAAGGGGCCUGCUUGUACACAUGCUCCCUCCGUCCCACAGGGAUCUAUGGUGAGCAGCACCAGCUGAUGAGGGACUUCUAUCAGAUGGGUGUGAGGACAGGGGGCUGGAUCAUUCGAGGCGUCCCAAAGGACACGGAACAUGGUCGUGUCUAUGCAGGUAACGUGGCUUGGAUGCAUCUGCUGGCUGCUCGCUCCCUGAGAGAGCACCCCCAAAGGCUUGGAGGGGAAGUUUACUUCUGCUAUGACGACUCACCCUACAAGAGUUAUGAGGAUUUCAACAUGCAGUUCCUGUCUGGGUUCAACUUCCGCCAGGUCCAUGUGCCGCUAUUGGUGCUGUGGUUGGUGGCGUGCCUGAAUGACCUGCUCCGCUGGGUGCUGAAGCCUGUGUGCAGCUACACACCAUUACUCAACCGCUACACCCUCGCUGUGGCCAGCACCUCCUUCACAGUGGGUUCAGACAAGGCCCAGCGCCACUUCCAGUACCGCCCCCUCUAUGACUGGGACCAGUGCAAGGCCCGCACACAGAGAUGGGUGGAUACCUUUCCCUUCAAAGGCCCCAAGGACUCCUGAUCUGGGCUGAUCUGCGGGUCUGGUGGAACCUUGUCUGGGCUAAACCGAUGCACCACACAUCAUAACCUGGGAUGGAUGGAGGAGUGAGAGGACUUUCUCAGAUUUAUAUUCUCACUAUGUUUGCUCCAUCAUAAGCAGUAUUAUCAUUACACAUAUGCAAACAAACUCUUGACCCCUGAACUCUUAAACCCUGAACUACGACCUCCUACACGUGCUCUUCAAAAAUGGCUAUGUCCUCCUACCUGUCAUUACUUGUGGCUAGCCUGUAGCUCCUCAGGCAAAAUGAUGACAAGGCAUGUUCCACACUGAAAUGGGUCACUUAUCCAUCCCAUGAUCUUCUGAUUUACAUGAGACCCUUCCCAGCCCUAAGUAAGAGAUAAUAUAUUGGAGAUUCAAUAUAAAUGUUUGGGGCUUUAUCAGACAUUGCAAUAUUCAUCUUCUUAAAAAAAGGGGUAGAUAUAAUGUGAUUGUAGUCAUAAAAGGGCAUAUAGAUAUGUGAUAUAGGAAAGCUGCUCAGGAAUUGUUUUGAGUCUAUUUCCAACAAUACAUUGCUAUACAUAUUUUGCAAUACAUACAUGAAAAUGCAAUACAUUUUUCACAAGACAUCAUCACUACAUAGACUUGAUCUGUUUUUGUUGAAGAGCACUAGUGCAGAAAAUAAGUAUUCACCUCUUCAACAUGCACAUAGAGAAUAUUCUCUGAAUAUAUGUGAUUUUAAGAGUUUUAUGAAUCACCCGCUAUAUAUUAAGGUAAUUUUAUAAUCUGAAUGCACUGACAAUUUAAAAACAAUAAUAAAAAAAAUCUUUAAAAAUAAUAUUUGCCAGUGCAUUCAGAUUUUAAACUUCAGACAGAGAAAAGGUUCAUUUUAUAUUUCAUGCCUAUUGAUGAAAUUAUAAUUUUGAGAAGUAGCGUUACUUAAAGAGCAACUGAAGGCAAUAAAAAAACAUAUAUUCUGUUCUCGGUAGAAAAUGGCCUAUGUCUCAAAGAAACUAUACAUUAAUGAAAUGUAAGCUGUUCAUGAGACGCCCAUAAAAGAUGUGUAACAUGAAAAUAUUGUCCCAUUUACAAUGUGUAAUUUAUUGACAGUUGCUAACGAGCCCCAGAGAUAGGCUAUCCAAAGUCAAAACAAUUUUGACACUGUCGCACACCAGCCGGCAAAGAAGUUGGAUAGCGUGCUAGCUAAUUUAGGCUUCUUCCAGACACAGAACCUUGUUCGACUGUUUCAAGUUAUCUCAAAGGGUGUGUUCUGUUUUGGCAGAGUGUAAGUACAAAUGCUUCCCACGUCGGAAAACACAGCAGACACCCACAUCAAAGAGCGCCGAGACCCAAAACUUGUUAAGUUUAAUUUCCUAAUGAGGAGAAUUGAAACCAGGACUCGAUCAGGAAGUUCAGCCCUCUUUAAGAAAACAAUAGACAUACUUGAAACACAGGAGGUUAGGGGCACCUUAAUUGGGGAGGAUGGGCUUGUGGUAAGGACUGGAGCAGAAUUGGUGGACUGGUAUGUGUUUGAUGCCAUUCCAUUAGCUCCAUCCCCCCGCCACCAUGGUGCACUCUGUUCACAACCUUGACAUCAACAAACCGCUCGCCCACACAACGCCAUACACGUGGUCUACGGUUGUGAGCCAGUUGGAUGCGCUGCCAAAUUCUCUAAAAUGACAUUGGAGGUGGCUUAUGGUAGAGAAAUUAACAUUCAAUUCACUGGCAACAGCUCUGGUGGAUAUUUCUGUUGUCAGCAUGCCAAUUGCACACUCCCUCAAAACUUGAAACAUCUGUGGCAUUGUGUUAUGUAAAAAAAACUGCAAAUUUUAGAGUGGCCUUUAUUGUCCCCAGCACAAGGUGCACUUGUGUUAUUUUGUGAUUUUUAUUAGGAUCCCCAUUAGCUAACGCCGUAACACUAGCUAAUCUUCCUGGGGUCCAACACCAAUGAACAAGACUUCACAAACAUGCAAACAAGUAGACAGUACAGACAAUUACAAUACCUGACAGGAAACACAUUUAAUAUUCAGUUGAUGCUCUCUAUUUCCUCUCCAGUCAUAUGGUCUGGUUUUGCAGCUCUUUCAGAACAUCUGCAAUCUGGAUUUGGGUGAAGGAGAAGCUGGGGAGGCUCGGGUAAGUCAGCUGAGAGGAGGUGCUCUUGUUUGUUCUCCAUGGACUUUACAGUCUCCCAAAACUUUUUGGAGUUAGAGCUACAGGAUGCAAAUUUAUGUUUGAAAAAGCUAGCUUUUGCUUUCCUGACUGACUGUGUAUUGGUUCCUGACUUCCCUGAACAGUUGCAUAUUGCGGGGACUAUUCAAUGCUAUUGCAGUCCGCCACAGGAUGUUUUUGUGCUGUUAUCUUUCUUUGCUGCAGAUGACCAUAUAACUGGACAGUACUCUAAGUGUGAUAGGACCAGGGAUUGAAUUACCUGAUUCAGUGUGCUAGAUGUUACAUACUCUGAACAUUUUCUUGUAACAGCAAUUCCCUUACCCAUCUUAAUAACAAUAUAAUCUAUGUGUUCUGACCAUGAUAAAGCUGCGUCCAACAUGA